AUGUUGAAGUUUUUCUCAUCCUCAUCAUGGCUAUCGGUCCUGUUGAUACUCUGCUCAUGUAUCACCUCUGCGACAAUUGGCUACGAUGGCUCUUUGAUGAACGGCCUCAAUAUUCUCCCAGCAUAUAACAACUACUUCAAUUUUGAUGCAGCCCUCACAGGGUUGUCAACGGCGACGCUCUAUAUUGGAGGAUUCAUUUCAGGAGCGACAUGGGCCCAUUUCACAGACUACUUCGGCCGCAAGUGGGCAAUGUUCUGGGCGGCCAUGAUCGCUAUCCUAGCUACAAUUGUCACUACCACCGCACAGAAUGCCACGAUGUUUAUUGUUGGGAGAGUCCUUGCAGGGUACGGGGUGGGGGCUUCUGCUGUUGCAGCACCGACCUACCUCGCUGAAACGCUUCCAUACAAGUGGCGCGCAUGGGGACUUGGUCUGAUCAAUGACUCUUAUUACAUUGGAGGUCUUGUCGCUGCUGGUGUGACUUAUGGCACCUCAUCUAUGGGCGACACCACUUGGGCCUGGCGUAUUCCGUCGGCCAUACAAGCUGCGUUCAGUGUCCUCUGCAUUUUGAUUCUUCCCUUUAUCCCCGAGUCCCUCGUUGGCUUAUAUACAUGGAUCGCCACGAAGAUGCGCGAAAGCAUCGUGGAUGCCUUCGAGUAUGAGAAAAACGCAAGAAACAUAAGCUUCUUUGCGGCUUUGAAAGGCGCUUCUUCUCGCAAGAGGCUCCUCCUAGCAUCCAGCACGGCAUUGUUUAGCAUCAUCACAGGCAACAUGAUAGCAAGCUAUUAUCUCGGAUCCUUUUUAACUAGUGCAGGUAUUCCAAACACAAAUACGCAACUGCAAAUCAACAUUAUAUUGAACUGUUUCUGCCUCGUCUGCGCUCUCGUCGGUACCUGGUUCUCCGACAAGAUUGGCCGCAGAGAGAGCGCUCUCAUCUCAACAAUCCUCGCGACAAUCUGUCUCUUCCUCGUUGGAGUGCUGUCAAAAUUCUACGGUACAACACAUGACACUAGCGGUAUUUAUGGAACAAUUGCCAUGAUUUUCCUUUUCAUGGGCUCAUACUCAUUUGGGUGGACACCUCUACUGUACCUCUAUCCUCCGGAGGUUUUGAAUUAUCAAAUACGUGCUACGGGAAUGGGCCUGAUGAAUGUGGUAAUGAAUGGGGCUGCAUUGCUCAUGCUAUUUGCUCUGCCUUUCGCGUUGCAGUCUAUUGGCUGGCGAACAUAUAUGAUAAAUGCAGCAUGGGAUGUUCUUAUUGUUGUUUUCAUCUACUUUUGCUGGGUUGAGACCAAAGGGAAGACUCUGGAAGAAGUGGACUUCCUUUUCAUUGGAAAUAGGCCUAUUUCAACUUCAGGGUUGGAAAAGGAGGCGACUGGUGAUGAAGAGAAGGAUCUGGAAGUUGAACAUUUUAACUAG